AUGAACCACCUCCUCAUCAACGUGAGGAAGACCAAGGAGAUGAACCACCUCCUCAUCAACGUGAGGAAGACCAAGGAGAUGAACCACCUCCUCAUCAACGCGGGGAAGACCAAGGAGAUGAACCACCUCCUCAUCAACGUGGGGAAGACCAAGGAGAUGAACCACCUCCUCAUCAACGUGGGGAAGACCAAGGAGAUGAACCACCUCCUCAUCAACGUGAGGAAGACCAAGGAGAUGACCACCAGCGGGAGAGGAAUGAAUCACCUCCUCAUCAACGAGGGGAAGACCAAGGAGAUGAACCACCUCCUCAUCAACGUGAGAAAGACCAAGGAGAUGAACCAGCUCCUCAUCAACGCGGGGAAGACCAAGGAGAUGAACCAGCUCCUCAUCAACGUGAGGAAGGCCAAGGAGAUGAACCACCUCCUCAUCAACGUGAGGAAGACCAAGGAGAUGAACCACCUCCUCAUCAACAGAAGACCAAGGAGAUGA